UUACAGUCACAGAGUGCAGUUCCGUAAAUUAUGAAAAAGAUUUUGCCAUGCCGGCUCCUGGAAACACCGUCUUCAGCCUACCACCACAAGUAGAUGGUCAAAUUAGAGGUUACCUGACUAUUGAAAUUGGAAAUAUAAAAUGGAAAGUGCCACAAUCAAGCCGAGCCAGAGCGGGAGCACGUGUGCGGUGCCUCUGGUGGGGCGAGAAAGGUCAAGGCUGCAUACUAAGACCACCUCUCACUCAUUCAAAGGCAAAGGAGAAAGUAAAGAAUAGCGAUGACAAUCCAUCAGUUGUGAUCUAUUCGGUGAGGAGUGGAGCCAAGCAGUUUGCAUCAUAUCUAAAAGACAUGGAAUACCUGAUACUGGAAGUAUUCGACGAAGCUCCAAGGGGUGGUGUCAUAGGCACGGUCAGGAUAAAGCUCGGCACGCUAAGCGCUGAACAUCCGGUGACGGGGAGGCUACCAAUAGUAACGCCAAAGAGGGAGAUCGCCGGCCACAUGCAGGUGAAACUUUCUAUCAAUGACGUGCAGUCGGCGUUUCUGAAGCCGGUGCCAGAGAAAGACGUGCGGGUACAGUCUGCCAUGUCCGAAGCAGAUGAGAACGUAAGCUACGAGAGAAUAGAGGACGAAAAUAGCAGCGUUGCUUCCCUGGAGGAAUCGAGAGCUGCCGAUCUCAUCUCUACGAUGACUGAGGUCAUAGAGAGAGGCAAGCGACUAAGGGAGGCGGCGACGAUCGUACCUCGAGCCGACUCCAAAAAAGAGAAAGCCAGGUCGACGCUAAAGAUGUCUGAGAAACGGGGCACGCUUGACACAGGAUUGUCACACGAUUCGGCACUUAACAGGGGCCUGUCACACGAUUCUGUACGUCACAAGAAUGUGUCACACGAUUCGGUGCUUGACAGGGGAGUGUCACACAGUUUGCUGCUUGACAGGGGAGUGUCACACGAAUCAGUGCUUGACAGGGGAGUGUCACACGAAUCCUUGCUUGACAGGGGAGUGUCACACGAAUCCCUGCUUGACAGGGGAGUGUCACACGAAUCCCUGGUUGGCAGGGGAGUGACACACGAAUCUCUGCUUGACAGGGGAGUGUCACACGAAUCCGUGCUUGACAGGGGAGUGUCACACGAAUCUCUGCUUGACAGGGGAGUGUCACACGAAUCCGUGCUUGACAGGGGCAUAUCACACGAUUCCCUGCUCGAAAAGGACAUGUCACAUGUUUCCCUGACCGACACGAGCACGUCACGCGAUGCCCGCCAUCUUCGUUCCUCCGGUGCGGGGGCGCCAUCGCAGCAGGAAGCUUACGACGUCGGCACGCGGCUCGUAGAUCUCGUUGUUGGCGAAUUCGUCCCAGGUGGCGCCGCCGACAGCGCGGGGCGACGGCGAGGCGCGGCGGCGGAGCGGGAACUCGCGUCGGACUCGGAGGACCCGCUCCACGACAGCGACCUCCUCGACGAGCUCUUCUACGGUCUCGGGGUCACGCCGCGCGACCCCUGGCCUCGAGACGCAACCCGAGACGACCCCCUGCUUCGAGACGCGACCCGAGACGAGCCUCUGCUUCGAGACGCAACCCGAGAUGGCCCCCUGCUUCGAGACGCGACCCGAGACGACCCCCUGCUUCGAGACGCGACCCGAGACGACCCCCUGCUUCGAGACGCGACUCGAGACGACCCCCUGCUUCGAGACGCGACCCGAGAUGACCCGAGACAGGUCGCGACGGGACGAGAGACGGCCGCGCGCGACGACGCGUCUGUCAAACAGACGGCUAACAUUUCCAUGCAGACGGAGCUGCCGCCGGCGUCGUCGGGGAAUGUUGAGGCGGCGUCUGCCGCCGCGCCGCGCUCGCCGUCAUCGUCGAGUGUAAGGAAUGCGAUCCCAUUGUACGUGCUUCUCACCGUUGAAGAAGGCGAGAAUCUUGCCGUGCGAGAACAUCACACAGGUGGAGCCACCUGCCCUCCGAGUCCGUUUCUCGUGUGCAGGAUGUUCGACGCAGGAACAACACUGAUGUCUCAGAUCUGUUGGAACAGCUGCAACCCAAAAUUUGAUUUUUCUCAGGUUAUACCAGUGUUGAUUGAUGAGCAGUUACUGCAGAGAUGCAAGGGAAAUGUGGCCGUUAUUGAGGUGUGGAGCAAAGGCAGGGACGAGGACAAGCUGCUGGGAUUGGUGAAAGUGCCUCUGCAUCAGAUAUACCUCUCCUAUAGGAAUGCAGAGAUAGCAGAAGCACUGUUGCUCGCUGAGCAUCCUCUGGUGAUCAAAGAUGGCAGCAUGCCAGUCAUGGCUCCUACCAGCAACUCGCUCCGAGGUCGACUGAAGGUGCUGUUUGCCGUUGGAUCCCUGCAGCAAGUCACUGCCGUUCAGCUGAGGCGACAGCCAGUUUCUUGUAGCACACAGACAUCUGGUACAGAGGGGAGGAUAUCACGUGUGCCUCUGUCACAGCGCCGCGAGUUGGUCACUUACGAGUUUGAGGUGAUGGUGGAGGGAGUGACCAGCCUGAGCCUGCCCGAGGGCAUGAUAUGGGGCGAAGCGGACUGCUAUGUGAAGUACUGGUUCCCAGCGCAGCGAGACGAAGACGGAGACGUCUACGAAGACGAUGAUGGUUCUGGCCGAGGUGCCUUGGUGAUGACGCAACACAAGACGACGUCGACACUGUUCCUGCCAGAUCCGACGUUCAACGACUCCGCCGCGCACGUGUUCACGCUCGACGCCCGUGUCCCCGUGCAGAGGGCGCUGCUAUGCGCGUGCGCGAGCGCGCCGGAGUCGCGCGGCGGCUUCCCGUUUGAAGUGUGGAGCCGCUUCUACCAUCCGCGCGUGCGAGACCAGCUCGUUGGCAAGGCAUUGCUUCCACUUGCAAAAGUGUGCAUGCUGACUAGCACGAAAAGAGCUACAGAUGGAGCCACCAGCGAAAGUUUCCGUCUUCCCGUAUCUUACAUUUGCACUACACAACAGGAACAGGUCAACACGGUGUGUUCGCUCGAGCUCACGCUCACCUACAGCUCUUCCCGGCUCCGUGGCGGCCACUGCCUGCCUGACUGCCGCUUCCGGCCUUCCUCCUCGCACCGGCAAACCCCGGACGCUGGCACGCGGCGGGAGCGCGAGCCGGCGGCGGACGCCUCGUCGACGUCUCGCCUCGAGGAGAUCGCGUCGAAUUACAGCCGAACCCCGCCGAAUUCUCCGGUGGACCGUCUGCGAUCAGACGACGACGAAGACGACGACGAUGACGACGUAGGCAAACGACCCGUCACAGAUCGGAGAUCGCGAGGCGUGGGACGUGGAGCGGGCGUCGCGUGGGCCAGCGAUCGCAUGGAGGGACGCGUCCGGGAAGACAGGACAAGAGAGGAAGAGGACGUCUACGGGAGGCCGCAGCAUGGGCGGGGAGGCGACGGCCGGCGACCCAGGGAGAAAGCUCGGGGCGGUGUGUCGGAGGGGGAAGCCGCCACAGCCGAGAGGACGCACCGGCGGGGAAGGGUCGGGGGUCUCUCUGAUCGGCUGCCGAGAGGGAAGGGCGGCGAGGGGAAGGAGAAUGCGGGCGAGGAGCGCACGAGGAGGCGCCGAGAUCGCACCUACUCGAUCGAAAAGGAAGACGAAAGCGAGGACCAGGGUCUUCGGCGGAUGGAGGAGGAACGUAGAGAGGAAGCUAGGGAUCAGGGUCACAUUGUCGCAGGAGGAGGAGGAGAGGAUGGCAGGAGACGCACGCAGUAUGAGAGGGAGGAGGUGGUGGGAGACGACGCGGGCACGGACGGCGAGCCGGAGAAGCUAUGCAGUGCGACGAUCGUGAUAGAGCGGGCGUGCCAUCUACCGGUCUCCGAUUCGGCUGCCGGUAGCGGAGUGUACGUGACCUACAGUAGCGGCGGCAGCGCGAUGGUGGGCACGCCGGCGGUGCCCGGUCCGCGGCCUGUGUGGAACUACAAGGCAGAGAUCUCGCUGCGCGCCACAGCUCUCGUGGACGAGACGAAAAAUCUUGUCUUGAGGGUGUGGCGCGGCGAAGGAGCGUCGCACGCUGGUCACCGCUCGCCGACCGACGCAGCCGUCGGCUUCACGUCCGUCGACCUCACGCCCCUGACGUCCGGCCUGCACCAGAUCCACGGCUGGUACAACGUCAUCGACUUCCGCGGGGAGUGUCAAGGUCAGAUCAAGGUUGGCAUCGUGCCGCACGAGGACGUCUCAGAUCUGCGAGCGCGGAAACCCGAAGUCAUGCGUGCGCAGGAACUGCCCGAGGCCUCUGCCGCCAGGGGGCGCUGCUAUGUCACUGACGCCGUCUACGACCGCUUUCCGAGUCACGUCGCGCGCCACGCAGAGCAGCGCGUGCGGCUGGCGCCCUCUGUUGGCAGUCACAUCGAGAUGCACGCGGAGCAGGUGCGCUCACACCACGAGGCGCUACGAGGGGGCGCCACCUCUGAGCUCAGCGCCGAGCAAGAGCCAGCUCACUCGAGCGCUCCCUGGGGGGAAUUCCGCUCCGCCGCGCACGACGCCGACAGCGCUUCGCGCUCCCUCUUGUUUCGCGAGCUGCGGCGAAACAUGUCGGAACUCGACCAGAUGCGGCAGAAGAUGGAGAGGGCGACGCGCAUACCAGGUGGCAGCACCGAGGCUGGGACGCGCCCGGCCGAAGCUGAGAGGGCUUCACCGGACGUCGCUGCCCGCGGUCCAACGCGUGGGCAUUUACCGUCGAACGAUCCGUAUGACACGGGUGAGGCGUUUGAAACAGGCGAGGCGUUCGAGGUGGGUGAGGCAUGCAAGACGGGCGAGGCAUAUGAGAUGGGCGAGACAUUCGAGACUUUGGCCGAUGUUGUCAUGGAGGCAGGACUGACAGCGCAUAGCGAGGAGGUGGUUAUCCCGCAGAGGUUAAAUGGCGGUUACAGCAUCUGUGAUACCGGAAGAGUCAGUCCAGAAAGAGUCAGUCCAGAAAGAGUCGGUCCAGAAAGAAUUGGUCCAGAAAGAGUCGGUCCAGAAAGAGUUGGUCCAGAAAGAGUCGGUCCAGAAAGAGUCAGUCCAGAAAGACCAGAAGACACUACGAUCUUUGGCGCUAGCGGCAACCGACAAACAGAUGCUCUCGGCACAUUCGGAGAGAAAUUGUUCGGCGACUACAUGCCACCCGACCAACUUUCCUCUAACCUCUCUGAUCUCAUCAAAAGCCAAGAUGGCAGCAAGGGUCUUCACCACGAUCACGCCUCCGUCUGGCACCUAGACUUUAACUCGAAAAGCGUCGAGCUGCCGACGUCAGCGAACGAGAAACAUCGCGAUGAUCUUCCGGCGGCGACGUCGUCUGCAAGAACACGCGCCGAGUCGACGAACGACGAGGAAUUCGAUCGACGAGUGAACGCAAGCGCACCCAUGAAUAACACUCUAACCAAGGAGUGUCGCCCAACGAAUAGUUCAUCCGCCGACGGCAUCCGUAACGGCAUCUGCGAUCGAGGGAACCGGCGUGGAUACUCCGACGACGUCCCGCUGAUCUCGUUCGAGUCGGAGGACGAGCGGAGCGAUGGCGGCGUCGGCGCGCCGGCGACCGAUCGCGACGACGCACGCAUCGAAUCCGCAGACGGCGCGAGCGGCCGGCCGCCGGCGGAUCAGUCGUAUGGCGACGUGAUCCACCCGGAGUUCUUCCUCCCGGAGGCACGCGCUCUACUGUCGGGGCUUGUGGCGACGGUGGCGGCUUCGAUGGCGGCUCCUAUAGCGGCGACAGCGACGGUGGCGGCUCCUAUGGCAACGAUGGCGGACGAAUGGCUGCCUAUAGCGGCGACAGCAAUGGGUGGCGGCUCCGAUUGCGGUGGCGGUGGCGGCGUCGCAGGGAGGCAGAGGGUCAAGGAGGCGACGGCCGUGAGAGGGCGCUCACUGACAACAGUGCCGACAGCGGGCUGGCAACUGAUAGGAAGCCAGCCUCAUCCUCCUCCUCCGCCCCUCGCCUCCUCUAUGAUGACAAACGAUAUGACAGCGACGCGGGACGUCAUCUCCCUCCUCAACGUCGACCUUGCUGCGCAGCACCCAGCAGGGGGCGCACGCGAAGCGGAGGCGAACUUGACCCCACUCGGCGGCGAGACGGUAGCGCGUCGUCGGAUGCGGCGUGUCCCAACGAACGACGAUCGUCGCCACCGGCGACAGCUUCCAUGA